AUGGAGAUUUCACAUUUUGAAGAACACCAAAAAGAUGAAGCUCUUGGCGUGUCCAUGCAGACUCUUCCAAUCUUGCCUUCUCUUGAUUCCCGUCCCAAUUCAUCAAACCCACAAGCCGAGCCAGGGCCACCCCACGAGGCUUUGUUCUUCGUCUUGGCUUAUCUUCCUGUAUAUGAGCUUAUUAACAUGAGUGAAGUUUGCAUGUCAUUUAGAGAUGCAGUCAAUAAAGAUGUAUUGCCGUGGUUGGAUAUCAUCAUUGACAGGCCUUUGAGCUCGCGGUUGUCUAAUGAAAUUCUGUGGGAAAUCACUACAAAGGCGAAUGGUAGAUUGAGAGCUUUGGUUCUCAGGAACUGUCAAAAAAUAACUAAUGAUGGGCUUCAAAGAGUUGCAGAGAAAAAUCCUUUUAUCACUAAGCUCCAUCUACCAGCAUGCACUGGCUUAACCCCUGAGGGAAUCAUCAGAGCUGUGAAUACACUAUCCCAUCAUCAAAACAACUUAAAGAGCUUGCAGAUAAAUGGUAUCUACAACAUAAAGAAAGAACAUGUUGAAACAAUUUUCUCCCAUCUUAAAAUGAAUCCACUGCAACAGAAGCUACCCCCUAUCCUGUAUCAUCACUAUAGAAGUUCAUCAUCAAGAAGCACAGAAAGUGAUCGGAUAAUUGACGUGGGUAUCUGUCCGCAAUGCAAUGAAGUUAGAAUGGUUUUUGAUUGUCCAAGGGAAACUUGCAGGCAGAUGAGAGGCCAGUUGUUUGAAAUUUGCAGGGGAUGCAACUUCUGCAUUCCAAGGUGUGAAGAGUGUGGAGGAUGUGUGUGUGCUGAAGAACUAGAGGAGGCUGCAUGUCCAGACAUAUUGUGUUCAAAUUGUUGGCUUAAUCUUCCAAAAUGUAACUAUUGCAACAAGCCAUAUUGCAAGCAACAUAGCAACCAGCAGUUCAGCUCUCCAGGUUGCACUGGAUUCAUUUGUGAAGCAUGUCAUAUGACAGCCCUCGUAGACUCGUGA